AUGCUUGAUCCAUCUCAUCCGUGCGCUCUGUUUCCAACAAUCAGACGAAGCUUCCGGUUUUAUAAUCGAUUGUUCAAAGCCAUCAGAGUAGCAUUAAGAAGAGCGUAUACAUAUCUUCGGAUGUGUUAUCGAACGUUCAUAGCUCAUGGAGCUACUGAAAGAAUAAAUGAACUUUUUGGAUUUUUUCAACGCUUUCUGGGUCACUUCUACUUACUCAUCGUUUAUCAUCUUCUUUUCUAUCCGAUUGACUGUUGA